ACCCCAUCACAACCCACGCACCGGUCUUUGCUCACAAAAGCAAGCAGAAUAAAGAAAUAGACGAGCCAGAGACAGGAGGGGCUUUCAGGGACCCGAUUACAGAUUGGCAAGGGAGAAUCAAUCCCACCACCACCUCCUCCAACCACCGUCAGCAUCUCGCUUGCAGUCACCAACACCCCCAUUAGAGCCAACCAGUCUAAUCAUCAUGCCCUCGGGUCCAAAAAAGAGGAAAGCAGCCAAGAAAAAGAAGAAGGAACGGGCAGCCAACACCCAGUCUACAACUAGCUCUCAAGGAAAUGGUGAUCUGAAAACCCAUUAUGAGAAGGAAAGUGAUAGUGGUGAUGUGAGUUCUCCUACAUCACAAGACCACCAUCAUCCGUUGGAGGAAGAGGAAGAGGAGGAGAAGAAGGAUUCUGCUGCUGCUGCUGUUGGUGGGUCUGUUAUGGCCGAUACCAAAUCGAUAGAGGGGCCCCUAAAUGGUGGGAGUAGUGAAGGGGAGAGUAAACAGAAGGUAGAAGUAGAGGAGGUUGUUGAGGUUGUUAGGGAAUUCAAACCUGAUGAGGGUUCUGAGGGAAGCAGUGUUUUUAUCGAACAUGUUGAGUAUGCGAAGAAUUCCCGUGAUGAUGGAUCGUCUGGGGAUGCUGGGAGUUCCAGUAGUAGUUCUGAUGAUGAGUCUGGGAACGCUCAUGUGGUCGGGGAGGGUGCUUCGGUAGCAGAGUCGGGAAAAUUGGAAGAGGAGAAGGGUUCGAUUAGGGAGACUGUGCUUAUUAUUGAAUCGGUUCAGACGGCAGAUGCUUUGUCUGAAGAGGUGAGUCAAGUGGUUGAGGCCACCGAGGUUGAGGAGACUGAGGCUACACAGGUAAUUGUUUCGGAAUUGAAGGUAAAAGAGGAGGAGCCGCCUUUGCCUUCUUCGGACAGGACUAGUGGGGUUUCGGGUGUGAUUGAUUUGGGAUUGAAGGAAAAUGAGAGUAAUGUUUUGCGGUCACCAGAUUCUCCACCUGUGGAAUCUAGUAAUGUUGUUUUUUCUGGCGAACAUCAUAAUGAACCUGAGGUUCCUGAAAGCUUAGAAAAUCAGCAGCAGCAAGAGGUACACCCAGCUCCGCCAACAGUACGGCCAACUUCAUGGAAGUGUUGCUGUGGCUUAUUUGAGGUUCUGAUGGUCUCCAGCAGAUGAUUGUAGAUACAGGGCAUGGUGAGGAGUUGAGGUGGGCAGAAAAGUGCAGUCGACUACUGAAAUUGGGGUUUAUAAGUUUGAGAAGUUUUAAGUGAGUUAUUAGGUUGUGAUUAUAUCAUGUUCAAGAUUGUCUUAUGAGGAAUAAUGGACAAGGGAGCUGACUACAAGUAUUGUGAUAGGAAUAGUUUUGCGGUUGAUAAGCAGCUCGAACUUGCUAGAGUUUGCAGAGUGACUUUCUAUUGGGUUUAGUGAUGGAUAAUGUUCCUUGUGGGUAUUUAUUUAUUUUUUUUGUUUUUAAUUGAGGAAGAUGAUCCCUUGUUAUUUGUUAAUUACGGUGGUCCUGUAAUUUGAAGUUCCCCACAUCCCUAUCAUGACAUAUGGUUGCAUUUGCACAUUCUUUGAUCGGAUAAAUGCUCAUGGAUUUACAGUUCUGAAUGGUGAAAGACAUCUGCUUUAGAAUUAUUUUUCCUGCAUCAGGAAAGGAGAAUGUUAGCCUUUUAUU